AGAAUAUAUAAAAAGCCAAUAAUAAUAUAACACAAUGCUAGCUACACAUCUUCUCUCGAAGAAUAUUAAAACUCAAAUUACAUUGUCAUUUCAAAGGUUAAACGUUACAUUCGAUAUAAUAAGAUGUAAUUCAUCAUCAUCUGAUUCUUCUUCUGAUUCAGAUUCUGAUAGUGAUACUCCUUUCUCAAAGAGAAUUAGUAAUGAGAGUUCUAAAAGUUUUAAAAGUACUAAUUAUUUACAAAAUGCCAACAGAAAUAAAGAAAGAAGAAAAAUGGACCAAAUAUUGAGUACAACAGCAAAAAUGUUAACUAUGACACCAUCAGAAGUAGACAGACAAAAAGUUAUGUCAAAUUUGUUAAAUAAUAUAAGUAAUAUUCAAAAUUCAAAUAAUAAUAUUCCAAAAAGACAAAAUGAAUUUACAAAGACAACAGUAGAAAAUAUCAAAUCAUAUCAAAGUAAGAAGCAGCAUAUUGAAAAUAACUUUAAAAAAGAACCUUCUAUAAUAGGGAUGUUAAAAAAUGAAUACAAUCAAAAACUGAAAAGAAAAUCAUUUGAAACCCAAAAUAUCAGAAACACGGAAAAACAAUGGAAAUAUUUUGACUUAAAAAAACCAUCUGUACUACAGACAUUGAUAGAUAAUCAGAAAAUCCAAGCAAAAUUAAUACAGAAACAAUAUGAAACAAACAAUAAUUUAAAAAGAGAUAAAAGCAAUUAUAAAUUUAACAGGGCAAACAGUGUAAUAAAUAAAACAUUAGAGCAAAAGACAGAUAACGAUAGAUAUGGGAACCCGUAUAUGGACUUAAAAGUCAAUCUUUUUCAUAAACAUGGAGAAGUGAAGGAUGGUGUUAAGCUUAAAAUCUGGGAUGAAAUGGAAAAGAGUAGAUUGUACUUCAUAAAAAAUUCCUUUAUUACAAAUGCAUUUGAAGAAAUGAUUCAAUGGACAGAAGAGGGAAAAUUAUGGAAAUUUCCUAUAGAUAAUGAACAAGGAAUGGAGAAAGAGCAAAAUGUACAUUUUUCGAAGCAUGUGUUUUUGGAACAUUAUUUGACUCCGUGGUGUCCUAAUAAAGGUCCAAUACGACAUUUUAUGGAAUUAGUAUGUAUUGGACUUUCAAAAAAUCCGUAUAUGACAUUUCAAGAAAAAUAUGAUCACAUAACAUGGUAUAAAAAUUAUUUUCAAGAUAAGCAAGACUUAUUACAAAAUUUGGGAGCUAUAGUAUAA